AUAUACGGCACACGAAUCAGCUCCGACCUCGCCAAGUCAUCUACUGACGCGAAGACCUUCCCCGACUGCUGCACGGACUGCGCCAACACCGCGGCCUGCCACUACUUCCAGUUCUACACUCCAGACUCCAUUUCUUCCGCCCCCGGCGGACAGAAGCAGUGCUUCCUGCUCUCUGAGGCGCCGGCUGGCCUGGCGAUCAGCGGGCCUCUCAGCUA